AUGGCCGACACCGAAAUUGAACAAAAACCACAUGCGCCCGUCGCUAUUAGCACUAUCCCAGAAAAUCCGACUGUAGGAGAAGUAGAAAGCGAAGCUGCAAGUAAAAAAUUAAAAGAUGCAAAGAAAGCAAAAGUUUCAUCAGACAAACCAAAGAAAAAUUUGGUACAAGGAUUUACUAAUUUUUUUUAUAAUCCACGUAUGAAAACUGUCUUUGGUCGUAGUUCUCUCAAUUGGGCAAAAUUAGCAGCAUUUUAUACAGUUUUUUAUUUUUGUUUGGGAUGUUUUUUUGUUGGUUUACUUUAUAUAUUUGCCUUUUCACUUAAUGAACAUGAACCAAGAUAUUAUAAUGAAGAAAGUACAAUGGCUAUACGAACAACAGCUACUGUUGUUGGAAUGGGUUUUCGACCUCAACCGCGUGUUGACGAUAAUCUUAUUGUAGUAUCAAAUGAUCCAGAUCAACAAGCACGUAUUGCUUCGUCACUUCGAUUAUAUCGCGAUGUUUAUCUUGUUCAAGGUAAUGAUGCAAAAACAGAAAAUUGCACAGCAGAAGAGCCAGCAUCAGAAUUACCGGAAAGUACAGCUUGUUUAUUUAAUUGGUUUCAUAUUGUUAAUACAGAUAAUCAUCCAUGUUCGGAUAAUAAUAUGUAUGGUUUUAAAAAAGAACAACCAUGUGUUUUGGUUAAAUUAAAUAAAGUUUAUGGAUGGACACCAUUGGCAGGUCAUUUACCAGAGAAUAUACAAGAACUUCGUGGUAUUCGUACUCAAGAAUCUCGUGGUAGUCGUACUAAAAAAACUGGACCGGUCUCAGAUGUUUAUAUAACAUGUGAUGGAACGAAUCCUGCUGAUAGAGAUGUUUUAAAUGAUAUUGUGUAUUAUUCAUUGGAUAAACCAUCUGGUUCGACAAAAUAUGGUGCUAUACCUAAUUAUUACUUUCCAUAUCGAAAUGCACGAGAUCAUGUUCAACCAUUUGUUCUGGUUCAAUUUAAAAAUUUACCAAUCGAUCGUCUUAUUAGUGUAACAUGUAAAGUUUGGGCACCAAAUAUAGAACAUGAUACAAGAGCUAUGCGUGGUAUGACAAGUUUUCAAUUAUAUCGUACACAUCCAAAUGAAAAAUCCGACAAUAAUGAUGAUUAA